AUGAAAUAUAAUCCUAACAAAAAGUCUACCAACAUUCUUGUGCUUGGACCUCAACACUCUGGAAAAUCCUCAACAAUCAACACAUUGUGUAAAUAUUUCAAUAGACGAAUCCAAGUUGCAAGUUGUGAUGUUGGACGAAAGGCAGAUGUUGGCACAGUUCACUAUGAAAAAGUUCAUCUCGGUUCCUCUAAUGGUCAUGAAUAUCACAUCUUUGAUACUGCUGGUAAACCAUUCGAAAAGGGAAUGGAUGGAAAUGAUGUGAAUCAAAUUCAAAAGUUAAUUCAUGGAUUGCCAACAGGUGUAAACUUGUCACUUUCUGAAUGGAUGAAUUCAGAAAUUGUUAAAGAAAAUGUAGUUGGAUUUGUGUUCCUUGUUGUCAGUGCAGAGGUUCUUACAAAGCGUAGAUAG